AUGGACCAAGGCCCGAUUCCAGGUCAUCACGUCGUCUCCCAUGGUUUCUUACAAAGCUCUCUCAAGAUAGAGACAGUGGUUUUCCGGCGAUCAACGAAGCUCUCAUCGGCUUGUUUCUCUCUCAGAUCCGGUCUGAGUUCCUUGGAAAAGCUCUUGCCUUUGUUGUUCGAAUUGAGGCACGGUUUUCUAGCGAUCGACGUAGUAGUCCGGGACCGGCAAUUCUACCCGAGUAUCGAGGGGGAGUUCACCGGAAUCCGGUCUGAGACGCAAGGAACUCUUUCAAUGCAAGCUCCGGAUCCGUCGCCGCCGGCGACGGCCCUUGAUUCGAUCCGGAAGCAAAAACAGAAACAAGGGUUCGGACAGCAACAGGAAAAGGAAGAGCAACAGGAACAUGUGCAACAACUGAGAGGGCCCAGUGGAGAAAAUACUCUUCUUGCUUCUAGUGUGCAUGAAGUUCAAGGUGGUAGCAACUUAAGACUGUCUUCUGCUGCCAUUCCUUGUUCUCAGUCUUCCGAUAAGCAUAGUGCUUUAUAUCAGGAAAACCAGAACGAAGGGGAAGAUGUACAUCAACAUGGCGAAUUCCAACAGCAAACCUACUACCAACUUGCUCCGCAGACUGCUAUCCCACAAAAGUUAUAUGGAAAUCUAUGUGUACAGCAAUCAGGUCAAAACAGUAAAAGUGGUCUAUCCGAAAGUGAUCAGAACCUUCUACAAAGCACUUUCAGAAUACAGAUGCAGCAAGGCAUUGCUUCUGCUGAUCGUCCAAAUGAGCUAAAACCUUCUCAAGUACCAAGUCAACAAUCACAUUCAUCAGGCAUGAUGAUGAUUGGUCAACAGGUGCCUGUCGACCUGCAAAAUAUUGCAAAUACUCAGUUAAGGGUGCAACUACAAACAAAAACUUAUGCGAGAUUAGCUGCAAUGAAUAGAUCUAUUGUAACAAGCGUAGGUGGAAGCUGUUCUCACCAGUCUUCAUGGCAGGAACGAGCAAGGCCACCACUUUCCCUCCCAAAUUCAAGACUUGGGACUUCCUUCGGUGCUCUUGUUGCACAAAUGGGACAUUCGAGUCCCCAGCUGGCAAUCCCCCCUGGGUUCCAAUCAAGUGGAAACGCUACCACUAUGCUUAAUUCUAACAAUUUGCGUAUGCAACAACAGCAGCAAGAAGGAGGCCGUCACUCUGAUAAUCAGAACGGGAUGGUUCCUAAACAUCUUGUUGAAAAUGUAAAUAGAGGGAAGAGCAUUGACUUGUCACAAUCUUCACGGUUUACAAGCUGUAAUGCCAUGCAGCUUUCAAGUUCAAAGAACAUGGCUACUCCUCUAGUAACAAGGCGAAUGGCAAACUUAAUGUCCAUGAAGCAGAACGUUCACAUGUCUCAAGGUGUAAGUUCUUCCAGUGGGGGUUCCAGAGUUCAAGCACCAUCCCGAGAUGAAUCUAUCCAGCUGCCUCAGCCACGCCUAGGCUUUGGGUUUACAGAGAUGCAAUAUGUUACCUUCAAAACACAGGUCUCAGCUUUCAAACGUCUGAGACGAGGAGACAAAGCCCUGCCUUUUGAAAUGCUCAUAUCCAUUACACCCCCUCCUCUUCAUUUGUUGCACCGACAAACCUUCCGGGAACAUAUUAUUGAGAGAACUGAUGGAAGACAGGAAAGAGUGGCAAAUUUUAACAAAAGUAAAGUUCAUGCCUCAGUUAAGGUGGAAAACUUCCACGGAAAAGAGAAUGUACCAUCUUCUGGUCACAUGGCAACCAUUGAGGAGGGAUCUCAGACGUUUCCUGUUCAAGGCUAUUGUAAUUUUUAUCAAGAAAACGUUAGUCCUGUAGAAAGUGCACGGUUUCCUACUCUGAGUCCCACUGUUGGCUAUGGACAACCGGCAUUCACAGGAAGUAUAAUGGUUCCAAAUGAUAUCUUCAAAACAAAGAGUCCCGCCCCACAUUUGGGGCACUCAAGCUUUACGAGAAAUAACAGACAUGUUUCCUCCGGAGUGGCAAAAGAUGAUCCUUCAAAGAAGCUUAGCUUAGCUUAUGACACUAACCAUUUGCUCACUGCUGAGGGUAUAGCUGUUGUCAAUAAGAAAAGAACGGAAUUUCUGAAUAAGAUAGGCAGUUUACUUAGCGUUAAUUUAGAAAGGAAAAGGAUUAAACCUGAUGCUAUUCUAAGACUACAAAUUGAAGAGAAGAAGCUUCGACUUUCAAACUUUCAGGCACGUCUGAGAGAUGAAGUUGCUCAGCGGCAGACGGAAAUACUAGCAAUGCCUGAUAGUAUGUAUCAAAAGUUCUCUAGGCGGUGUCAACGGCAGAGGACUAAUUUUUUAAGACAAUCUCAGCAAGUUCAUGAGAAACUGAGAAAGAGGAAGUUAAAAUCAAUCAAUCUCGGGAGAAAGAAAUUUCUGGAGGCUCACUCUGCCAUUCGAGAUGCACGGUCUUUUUGCAACCGAGGAGUAAUAAAAUUUCAUGAAAAGAUGUUAAAGAGUUUCCCAAAGAAAAAGGAUGAAGAUCGAACUAAGAGAAUGGAGGCAUUGAAGAACAAUGAUGUGGAUAGAUAUCGUGAAAUGUUGCUGGAGCAGCAGGUUGGUAUUUCUGGUGCUGCAGCAGAGCGUUUCUCUAUUUUAUCAUCCUUUUUGUCCCAGACAGAGGAGUAUAUUUUCAAACUUGGACAGAAGUUAAUAGCAACAAAGGAACAACAAGAGCAAGAAUCGACAGAAAGUGGUACUGAGGUGGUUGCUCAAUCCCAGGGCCUUUCAGAAGAAAAUGUCAAGACUGCGGUUGUCUGUGCAAGAGAGGAUGUAACUGUCAGAAAUAAUUUUUGUGCACUGAACGCACAGAAAGAAAGCUCAUCCGUCAGCAAGUAUUAUAAUCUUGCACAUGCUGUGAAUGAGACUGUUAGACAACCCUCACUACUACAAGGUGGAACGUUAAGAGAUUAUCAAAUUGCUGGGUUGAAAUGGAUGCUUUCAUUAUAUAAUAAUAAGUUGAAUGGAAUUUUGGCUGAUGAAAUGGGCCUGGGCAAAACUGUGCAGGUUAUGGCAUUGAUCGCUUAUUUGAUGGAAUUCAAAGGGAACCAUGGACCGCAUCUCAUUAUUGUCCCAAAUGCCGUCUUAGUAAAUUGGAAGAGUGAGCUGUUUAAAUGGCUUCCUUCAGUAUCAUGCAUUUUUUAUGUUGGCACCAAGGAACAGAGGCUGAAAAUUUUCUCCGAGGCGAUUUGUGCGGUGAAAUUUAAUGUGCUUGUAACAAGUUACGAGUUUGUCAUGCAUGACCGUGCAAAGCUAUCAAAAGUUGAUUGGAAUUACAUCAUUAUUGACGAAGCUCAGCGCAUGAAGGAUAGGGAGUCUGUGUUGGCACACAAUCUGGAUAGAUAUCGUUGCCAAAGACGGCUUCUUCUCACUGGGACUCCUUUACAGAAUAAUUUGAAGGAACUUUGGUCUUUGUUGAAUCUGCUUCUACCUGAAGUAUUUGAUAACCACAAGACAUUUCAUGAUUGGUUCUCAAAGCCCUUGUGCAAAGUAGCUUCUUCUCAUAAUUCAGAGGAUGAGUGGCUAGAGACCGAAAAGAAGGUGAUUAUAAUUCACAGGCUUCAUCAAAUUCUGGAACCAUUUGUGUUGAGGCGACGUGUGGAAGAUGUUGAAGGUGCACUCCCUCCAAAGGUUUCUGUUGUUGUGAGAUGUAGAAUGUCUGCUGUACAGAGUUGCAUAUAUAAUUGGAUUAGAGACUCAGGUACUAUUCGCGUGUAUCCUGAGGAUGAGAUGCGUAAGGUGCAGAGAAACCCAAACUACAAAGUCAAGAAGUAUAUGAAUCUUACCAACAAAUGCAUAGAGCUGAGAAAAGUUUGCAAUCAUCCUUUACUAAACUAUCCAUAUUUCAAUGAUUAUUCCAAAGACUUCAUUGUCAGGUCUUGUGGGAAGCUCUGGGUCCUUGACAAAAUCCUUAUGAAACUUAAGAGAGCCGGACACCGUGUUCUGCUAUUUAGUACCAUGACUAGUCUUCUUGAUAUAGUAGAGGAGCACUUGCAAUGGCGGCAGCUCAUAUAUGGAAGAAUUGAUGGUAAAAGCAGUCUUCAGGAUCGCGAGACAGCAAUUACUUAUUUCAACAGUCCUGAUUCUGAUUGCUUCAUUUUCUUGCUCAGUAUUCGAGCUGCUGGUAAAGGCUUAAAUCUUCAGACAGCAGAUACAGUUGUCAUAUAUGAUCCUGAUCCAAAUCCACAAAAUGAAGUGCAAGCAAUGGCCAGGGUUCAUCGAAUCGGGCAGAUGAGACCAGUGAAAGUCAUUUACAUGGAGACAGUUGCAGCAGAGAAAAUCUCCAGUACUUCUGAGAAAGAUGAUGAUAUGAAGAAUGGAGGUACUGGAGAUUUAGAAGAUGGUUUUGCUCCUAAGGAAAGAUACAAGGCAUCCAUUGAGAGCCUUAUACGUAGCAAAAUUCAACAGUACAAGAUAAAAAUGGCUGAUCAGGUCAUUAAUGCUGGUUGUUUUGAUCAAAUCACAACCCAUGAAGAAAGACGCUUGACACUUGAGACUCUGCUCCAUGAUGAAGAGAGAUACCAAGAAACUGAUCAUGAUGUUCCUUCACUUAAAGAAGUGAAUCGGAUGAUUGCUCGCAGUGAAGAAGAGAUCAAGCUGUUUGAUCAAAUGGAUGAGGAGUUUGAUCAGAGUGAGGAAAUGAUCAUGAAGCUUCAUCAAGUUCCUGAAUGGCUUCGUGCUAGUUCUGAAGAAUUAAAUUCAAUUAUUUCUACUUCAUCUAAGAAAAGAUCAAAGAGCAUUUUAACUGGAAAUAUUAAUGACAAGUCAGGAAAAAAGAGGGGGCGCCCCAAAGGCAGUAAAAAUCAGAAAAAAAGUUCUAUUCUCAGAGAAUUGGAUUAUAAAUUUGAUGAAGAUUCUGGUGCUAGUUCAGAAUUGAGAGAAUAUUCAUCAGAUGAAGAAGAGGUGGAAAUAGGAGACUCUGAAGAUGAGAAACUCAGUGAUAAGGAUCAAUUUGAUGAAGUUGAUCCUGUUAAUGGUCAGCAGCCAAAUAAGAAGCUCAAAUGCAGCAUUCCUAAGAGUGACGUUGUUCAGCAUCUUUCUGAGGCUCCAUUGAAGUUGAAGCAUGACCAUGAUAUGAUGCUAAGGACUCACCCAAAGAUUGAGCCGUCUAAUGAACCUAUUUUAGUUCAGUGCUAUAAAAGAGGCUCAUCUUCUUCGAAUAAGAAAUGCUUCUUUUCGUCGAGAAACCUUUCUCUUACUGCAUUUCCAGAGCAUCAACCUUUAGGCUUCUUAUCUGGAUUGGCAGAUGUCAGUACUCAGGAUGCUAACAGUCGCCGGAAAGACUGUGUUGGGGAAAAGAUGUCAUAUAGCACACAAAGAAAGUGUAUGUAUGUUGUUAGCACUCUCCGAAGGAGAAUCGAGCAAGAUGGCAAUCAGAUUAUACCUGCUCUUUCUGUUUUCUGGAAGAUGGCUAGUCAGGUUGGAGCCAGCACUACUUUAGAUUUACAGAAAAUCAAUCAGAAAGUGGAGAGGUCAGAGUAUGAUAAUGUGGUAAAUUUCAUCGAAGAUGUGCAAUUAGCAUUCAAAAUUGCAGUGAAGUUCUACAAUUACUCAAACCAGGCAAGAUAUGAGGCAAUGAAACUCAAUAAAAUUUUCUUCGAUAUCAUGAAGACUUUAUUUCCAGAAACAGAUAUUGAAGCUAGUAAAUAUUCAAUCAUAUUCUUCCAACCAGUAGGAGGACUCAUAAAAAGCAGAACUAGUGCUCACAAACAUGAUUCUGAGUUUCAUACAGGAUCAAACAGCUCUGCAAAUGUUACUGCAGGUCAGUCUUCACCCCUUUCACUGCUCCUCGGUGAUGUCGUCAUCGGCAAAAAGAAGAGGAAACAAAGAGAAAGGUCUAGUGUGAUGAAGUGGGUUCCUCUGCAACAACAAGAAGAGCCCAAUGGUGGACAUGAUGGCACCUCUAUUGUCUCAGAUGUUCAACAGGGUAAUCCUGCCAAGAGGAUGAGGACUGGUGCUGGUAAAAGGAAGGCAAACUAA